ACAAAAUGGCAGCCUCCGAGAAAACAUCAACAAGUGGCACGACCGCAACUGGACCUCUCGACAGACUACGUAGCGUGUCAAAGGAUGAUGUAUGUUUUAAAAUAUUGCCAGCACUCGGAGGCGUCAGCUACCAACUAUUUUCAGCGCACAUCAUGAAUCCUAACUGUUUCCGGGAUCUCUUUGAGGAUCGCCAUAUUGUUAUAGCCAACAGCUUGUGGUUCCAAGCCCACAUUGGCGUGGGUUUGUACAUGUUUGGAAGCAAGCACCUACAACAGGUGUCUGUCCAAAGAAGAAUACUCUACAGUGUGUUUGGUUCAUUCCUCUUCAACUUCGGAUCUGUUUUGUUUUGGGCAACAUGUAAAAGUCUGCUGUUCCCACAACCUGUCGUAAGGACAGUAUUCGGCCUUGGGUCUGGAUUUGUUCUGUUAUUUAUUGGCAGAGAAUAUGUUGAAUACAUUGAUUCCAGAUUAGCCAAAUCUUCUUGACUCAGUUCUUGAAAUACCUCUGUGCUCUAGUCAGAGUAAUGAGUGCCAGUUGAGUGUUGUGUUGAUAGUUAGACGUGAUUGCUGAUUGAGGAGGAGGGAUUGUGUGGAUUGCAUGUCUUACAUGUCACAUGUUAUAUGUUUUACAACAGCAACUUUUGAUAUUUGCAAUUUGCAAUAACCAUAUUGCUAGUGUUUCAAUUGUUUUUCAUUUUAACAUAGAACCCAUUAUUUACAAGGGUAUGCUGAAGGGGUAUUGUUUGGUUGAAAUGUGCUGUACUUAUGUUUUAGACUGCCAACUCACUUAUUUAUUUCUUAGGUUAUUGUUUAGUUUCUUGACAGAACCCUCUGAAUGUGCCUUCAUAUUCUAUUUAAGAAAUGCACUGAGCUUGAUGCAUGUGAUAGAUCAGAGGCAUUUGUUUCCAUCAAGUGUCUCUAUGUAUAAUGUAACUUAGAGUGUAUGUACAAAUUUGCAAGUAACCACACUAUUUAUAUAUGGACUGUGAAACAUGUUUUUGUUACAUGCUUGUUAUGUUGCCUUCAGAACAAUUCACCCAGGAAAUAAUUAUGCACUGCUAACCGUAUCAUGUAUUCAUUUCCAGAAAGUAACAAUUUAAAAAAAAUGUAUCCUGUAUUUAUUUUCUGAUGGAACACACUGUUUACAAGUGACAUCUUCAUAUGCAAAUACAAAAACUGAAACUGAUGACUCGUAUGUAAGGACAUGUUUUUUUCCAUGGCAAUAGAUAUUUGACUACUCUUGUACUGUUUCCUCUGUUUUAUGCAUGUGAUACGACCCGGCUGUACUCGUGACCAUCAGGAGGAACUCACCGCUGUGUUCUCAAACCAACGUGCCGACAUUAAUCAUUAUCAGAAUGAGGUCAAUGUCAUAUGUGGAUAUUUGCAAGAGAUACAUGGAAAUUCAGAAAAUAUUAAACUAAAAAAGGAAUUUUGCUUUACCUUUUUCCAGGUUGUAAUUGUUGUAGAUUAUAUGAAUUUGACAUGUUCAUCACGUCUCAUAGGAAUGAGAAAUGACAGCAUCAGAAAUUGACAUUAGUUACUGAGUCCUGGUUCAGAGAAAUUGUUUGUAGUUGUAAUGAUAUUAAGGGCACAAGUCCUGAUGGCUAGACCAGUCCCACAGAAGUUUAUGUUCUCUGGGAUAAGAAUUUUUGGACUGAAUUUCUUCAAUUAUUAUGUGUGGUUCGUUCCAUACAGUUUGAAGUGAUCAUAUGCAGAAAAUGAGAGAAUACCCAGAUGCACUUUUCCAUGUCUUCCUGUUUCUUCUGUCAAAACAUAAAAUAAGUGUUAGUUCAAAUUCAUUACGGGUAACACUUUCGGUUAUCCAGUAUAUGAUAUCUGAUAUUAUAUUAUGGUAUAUAUACUCAAGAACUAUUGGUUACCAUGUGUACAAUUAAGAAGUGAUGUCACCAGAUCUAUGUCUCUUUCACAAACUUU